UGGCAACAAAAAUGUCACCGGUUUACUGCUUGUAUGAAUUAAAAAUUCACUAGGACAAUCCAUACCAGACAAACAAAGGCUGUUCUUCUAGUAUUAUUAGUAAUAAAUAAAUUAAGGUAAUAAAUUUCAGUAUACAAUUAAAUGAAUCAGCUAAUAAUUCAUUCUCCUAAUUACCGUAGACUACCGUAGUUCAGUAGUUUAGUAAUCCCUGCAGCUGCAUGAUUGCACAAAAAUCGUUAAUUUUAAUAUUUUUUAUCUUCAAAAUCGGCUAAGUCCUAAGCCAAACGGGGCAACAGUGACAUUUUGGUUUAAUGGCCUUUAUUAAUGGCCUUUACUCCACUGGGAAAAGAACAGGUAAAGAAGAAGUAGUAAUAAUGUUAUUUAUUAAUCUGACUAAAAUUACAAUUACACCAAUUAUGCCCACAACAGUCCAGUCACACUCCUGACUCAUCAAACUCAACUUCUAAAAAAACUCACGGGUCAGUGGUUCAGUAGCGUACAUGCAGUUAACACAAAAAGUUUUUUUUUGUUGUUUUUUUUUUUGUUGAUUUUUUGGAUCAACGUGACUCGGCUGGCAUUGACUUACUUGAUGUUAAAGAUUUUUUCGCAGGGAUUACUACUAAUCUAGACUUUUCCUCACAGUACUCAAACGUAUACUUCUAUUCACAGUAGAUAGUUUUAAGACUUAAACUUAAGUCAUGAUGAGUAGACACAGACUCAGGCAACACACCACAGUACAGUAGAUUUCAAAUUACUAUUACCCACUACAUCUCACUGAGUAGUAACGUGCAGUCCUUUUUUUUUUUUUUUUUAAAGAAUGCACAGUUCCAGCACCAAUUUUCAGUGGAUUAAAAAUUAAAUUUAAGUUUGCUGACAGUGAAUAUAAGUUUAUUGUCCCUAUUUGAUCUAUGCCCUAUUUAAAUGUGAUUUUUUGCACCCUUUAUCUUAAAAAAAGCAUACAAGUAGUAGGCUUACUAAUAAACUACUAUUACUAUUAUAAAUUCUUUUUUGCAUUUAUUACUAGAGAACCUAAAGUUUAGACAAGUUUAUUAAGUAAAUUAACUCCCUACUCAGUCUACCGAUUCUCCUCUGCUAUAUUGACUAUAUUGCUCAAAGGGUUUUCAAAAAAAUCAGUAUGACUGAUGAUAAUUAGUCUUAUAGGCAUUAAAAAAAUACAGACCAUGAACCGUUGGUGAUUGUUCCAGUGUAAUCUUGUGUAAAUGUUAAGUGUACUUUACUGUGUUAUUGUGUCAAUGAUGACACACAUCUGGGGGGAGGGGGUAAUAAAUUUUGGACAAUGUGUAAUCAUGGUGUUUAAAUUAUGUGGCAUAUUUGUGAUGAUUUUUGGGGGUGGGGUAAAAAAUCUACCAAAAUUGUGUUUUGUCAUUUAUGUAUGGUUACUAAUAGAGGACAAUUGUGCAAAACAGUGAAACACUUAUCAUUAUGUGUGGCCAUCAUGGGUCAUGAAACUAUUGAAAGAGGGGACUUUUAUCUUUUAAUUGUUGCACCUAAUGAUCAAAUGCUAAUAUAGAGUUGAUUUGAAAAUUAUAAAUAAAUAUAAAAUAAUAUAUAUUUAGUAUUAAAGGAACCAAAUUUGAAAAGUACAUAUGUCAGGGGCCAUCCAUAUAUGAUAUACACAAAAAUAUUCUCUCACCCCCCCCCCAACCCCCCAAUGUUGCACUCAUACUUUUUUCUUCCACUACUGGGAAACCAGGGGGAGGGGGGGGGGGGUGGAAUUUUAAAAAAAUUAAGCGAUCAGGUGAGGCGUGGGGGAAAAAAGGGGUGUGGAACACUGUCAUUAAACAUUUUUAAAAUUAAUUUUGACUUGGGUAAUCUUCCCCUUUGGCAAGUGCAGCUGUUUGGUUUAUAAUAAUUAAAAUAAUAUGUGUUAUUAAAUUUUUGCUUGCAGAUGGAGAGUUUUGUGUUAUACUCCAUCCUCCUGUGUACAGCAGUGGCUCUGAUUUACCACAAUGUCAUCUGGUGUGGGUUUGUUUUUGAUGACAUGUCUGCAAUAGUUGAGAAUAAGGAUCUCCGACCAAGCACCCCAUUUUUUGAUUUAUUCUUAAAUGAUUUUUGGGGCACCCCAAUGCACAAGGUAUCACUUGCAAAUUUAUUUUUUUAUAGCUGUUUUAAAAAAUCUUUUACCAAUUCUUUUUUUAAAUUUAAUUUUGUGAGAGUGUUUCUUUUUCUUACAUUAAUCCUAAAUUUUAUCAACCACAUUUAAAAAAAUGACUAUUUGGAAUUGUUAUCAUUUGUAAAAUAUAAUCUAUGGUAAGCAGCAUGAAAUAUAAUAAAUGUACGGUCACAUUUUCUUACAGGCCAGCAUAUUUGGUAAAUAUUUUCAGAAAUGAAUUUGAAAAUUCAUGGACCUCUGAAUUGGCUACCCCUAAAUAUAAUAAUAUCGAGCUGUAAUGUGUAAUAUAUCUGAUACUGGAAUGAAGGAUAUUACUUAGUGUCUAAAUCCAAAAAAAAAUCUUCUUUCCUUAGGAGAAAAGUCAUAAGUCUUAUCGACCAUUGUGUGUUGCCACAUUCAGGCUUAAUUAUUUGUUAGGGGAACUUGAUCCAGUUGGCUAUCAUUUGCUGAAUGUUGUUCUUCAUGCAGCUGUCUGUGUUUUGUUUAUGCGGUAAGUUAAUAUUGCUGUGGUUUUAUUUUACUUCUCAUAUUCUUUGUCAGUGAUUUCCAACUAGUUUGAACUCUAAAAAUUUGAAAUAAUUAUGGAUGAACUUAUUCUGAAUUUAUAUUCCGCCACCCUCUUAAACACAGUUAAACUCCUUGGAGUUGUAAGUCACCAGGUGAAAAAUAUUGAUCUAUAACCAUAGAUUAUUUAUGUACCGUUGGAAUAUAUUUUUUGCCACCUAUUGUCAAUAAAAAAAUAUUUAUUAAAAUUAUGGUUGUGUUAAUUUAUUCAAAUUAUGUUAGGUUAACAUAGUUACUGACUACUGAUCUCUGCCAACUCUAAAUUAAAUCUCUCUUACAUUUUGUCACAGUUACUUAAAUCAUUUUUAAAAAACAGGCGGCAGUUUUCAAUCAGUUUGUUGGGGAAAAAUUAUUAUUUUAGCAUAAAGGAUAAAAGUUGAUGAAAAACAUUUUUAAACAUCUAAUUUGUAAUGUAAAAUUAAUUUUCUUGGAUGCUGCUCCUUACUAAAUGGUGUCAUACAGAAUUACAAUUAUUACUUUAGAUAUCAAGACUAGAACUGUUGAAACCUGCUGGUCUACCCCCAACACCCCAAAAUCCAGGAAAAAAGGAGCCUUCAUUUAUUUUCAAGUUUAUUUUAGGAAAAUUAGGGCUUAAUUCAAGAUUAUUUUAAUAAGCUAGAAUUUUUGAGUAAAGUAAAACUAUUUUAAAAAAUUGUUAAGAAAUUAUUUUGUUGUUUAUUUAAAAAGAGGAUGAGAUCUUUUGUGUUUGAAUGCAGUUAGGUUAGUGACAGCUGCAUAUUUUCUUAAAAAAAUUUCUUUAUUAUCUUGAGAGAAAGGUAUGCAUGUCUAUGUUAAUUAUGGAUUUUUUAAAAUCAUGUUUUAAAAAAAAUUAGUAAAGUCCAUUGAAUUAAUUUGUAAAUAUUAUUUUAGAGUUUGCAAGAUGUUUAUGAGUGAGCUGACAAGUUUUUUGGCAGCUCUGCUGUUUGCUGUUCAUCCAGUACACACAGAAGCAGUGAGUAGCUGUUAUUUAAAUUUGAGGACUGCAAUUUUAUUAAUCAGACAUUACAUGUAUUCAUAUUUAAAAUAUAAAACUUGAUAAACUAAUUCUUUGUAGACUUUGAUGUUUUUUUCUUUUUUCUUUUUGUUUUUUUUUUGUUGACUUUGUACCGCGCUUCGAGCCUUUGGGGAUGAAGCGUAUUUUUGAAAUGAACUUUAUUAUUAUUAUUAUUAUUAUUAUUAUAAAUGGGUUGGUUCAUAUCAUAUCUGCUUUCAUAACAUUUGUGGUUUUCAUGGUUUAGCUAAGUAAACAUGGAUUAGGUAACAGUACCAUGAAUUGAGAGGAAAGAAAUUGUUCAGAUUAAAAGAAUUCAUAAAAAUUAAUUUUUUAUAUUAAUGGCUCUGUUUAAUUAGCCCUACUCAGCUUACUGGAAUCGAAUUAAGAAACAACAUAAAUGAAUAUGGAACCAAAUCAAAUUUAAAAAAGGAAGGUGGUAUCCAUGGGCAAGCUAAUCUGUUUUAGAAAAAUUUGAACACACCGAAAGACACAUUCUUUGAUAGAUUCUUUUUUUUUCAGGUCACUGGAGUAGUUGGGAGAGCUGAGGCCUUGUCUUCCAUUUUCUUUUUAAGUGCCUUUAUUUCCUAUGCAAAAUCUACGGGAUAUAGAAAGAAAACAAGUAAUAUUUGUAGCCAUUUCUUGAAUGCUUUGUGAACAUUUAAACAAAAUAAUAAUGUCAUCCCUAUCUAAGGGAUAAAACCAAAAGAUGAAAAAUUUUAACCAAAAACAAUAACACAGUUCAUUUGUGUAGCUAUUUAUAGUCAAGGUAAAGCACAUAAAUGGGAAUGAAGAUUAUAGGUAAUAUUUUAGGUAAUAUUGUACCAGCUGCAGCUGGUAAUGGCAGACACUUCACAAUUUAAUCUUUGAGCUUCUUAAGAAAUAAUACUUGCUAUCCAUAAAAAAUUAUUAUUAUUUUUUUUAAAAUAAUGCUAAUGGAACAACACCAAUAUAAAUCAAUAAUCAGUGUAUAUAUGUUGGAAAGAAAGAAUCUUGAGAAAAUGGUACAUUCAAAAAUUCCUUCCCUCUUAUCAAGUUGUUUUUAAUAAUUAAAUUAAUAUGUUGUAUAAAUUUAACUAUUUCAAAACAACUGUCUUUUCAGAAUGGAGUCCCCUGUUUGUUACAGUUGCACUUGUAACCAUAGCAAUGCUAUGCAAGGAGCAAGGCAUUACGGUCAUUGGGGUCUGCUGUGUCUAUGAGAUUUUUAUUGUUCAGAGGGUAAGUCUUCAAUAAAUGUAUACACCAAAGGGAUUUUGAAAUAAUUUGUCUGUUUUUCAUCAAGUUUCACUAAAUUUAAAUAUUUUGUUUAUUAUUUCUCAAAAUUUAUUAUCAUUAAUUAUUAUUUUAAAAUAAGCAAAUUAAAUUUUUUUAUGUAAGCAUAAUAUAUGAAAAUAUUUUAGUCUUUUAAAAACUUCACAUUUAAAAUUAAUAAAACACAAUUAUUUACAUGCCACAACAUAUAUAUAUAUAUAUAUAUAUUUCCAACAAAACUAGAAAUGCUUUUAACAUGUGACACAUAAUUAUUAAUUUCUCUCCUACUGGUUUAGAGUACAAUACAGGAGCUUUGGGCAAUUUUUAGAAGCUUGCUCAGUACAAAGUCAGGCUUGCCUGAUUGGUUGAAGACAUCGUUAAUAAGGGGAGGAUUCCUUGUAUUCAGCACAACAUUUCUUUUAUUUGCCAGAAUCAAAGUCAUGGGAGCACAGUUGCCUGUCUUCACCAAGUAAAGUAUUUUUUGGGGGUCCUAUUUUAUGAAUUUAGUAGCCUGCAGCUGGUGAGCAAAUUUAUCUAUGAGCAAGAAAUAAUUUGAAUUUAGGCUUUUUAAAAAUUAUUUUACUUAACUUUUAACAAAUGGAUUUAGUUCAAAGCUCUAUCUUUAUAUUACUUUAAAGAUGUAACCCUUUGCUCAAGUCUGUAACACUGUGUUCAAUAUAGUUUUAGUAAAUUGCAUAAAUAGCUGCAGGAUAUAUGACACAGGAAGUAUUUUCGUAUAUAAAAUGUGAAAAGUUAAUGGAGCGGAGCAGAAGGACAAUUAUUGAUUCUAUGUCAUUAGAGGAGGAGGAUUGGGGUUUUAAUAUGUUAUGUCUCAUUUGUAUCAAAUGUCUGCAAGAAUUUAUUUAAAUGUUUCUUGAUUAAUAGCCUUCGUUUCCUAUUCCCCAGACUGUUUUUUUGUGGUGACAUUCCCUCCCCUUUUCUUAUUUUCUUAGUGUAGAUAUAAACUCAUAAAUUUUGCCGUUUAAGUAAUCACGGUCCCAGAUGCUCUCAAAAUUUUCAUAUUCAUUUGAUCUCUUAACUAUGUUGAAAUCUAAUUUAAAUUAUAUAAUUUGUUCAAAUAGUGAUUUUCCUAUAAGUUCGCUUAAAUGUAGUUUUCUAAAAAAUUUCGGCUCAUUAUUAUUUUUUUUAAAAUUAAAAUUUUCAAAAGUUGAUUAUCCAAAUGUUUUUGUCAGUCACGCAGAGCUGCUGUCAACUCCUAACGUCUUCUUGGAUUGAUUACAUUCGUCAGUUCUUUUCAUACGUUGAAGCGUCGUACUAUUCUCACUAUCAUUGAGCAAACUCAACUCCUUUUCAUAAUAGCUAUAACUUUAAUGUCUAUGUAAAUAUAAUACACCUAACAAUGUGAAUAUAGCGCAGCUCGCUAUCAGACCUAAAUAAUACACACCCUAUCACUCCAAGGUUCCACUCAAGACUGCCGCACGACUAAAACAUACGUCACAAUACUGCAUAGACAAUACGUCACGACUCAGCAUAAAAAUACGUCAUAGAGACAAUGGCGGGAAGAGCGUUCACUAACUAUAAUAGUCAAGCGCGGGAAAAGCGUUCAACAACUAAUGAACAUAAUAUUGAGUCGCAACAAUUACUAAUGAACGCUCAUACUCGACAUAUCCCCCCUCUUUCAUUUCAGAUUUAACUAAGGGAGUUAAAUCGUCACCAGACACACAAAAUUUACAUGAAUUACAUCAAGAAGAGACCUUCAGCCAUAUGAAUGGUCCUUAUCAAAAAACAUUAUUUAGGUAUCACUGAAAAUCAAACAGAUUUAUGAUAUACUGCAAUAAAAUAAACAAUCCUUCGUACAUAAUUUUAAAUGCAAUUCAAGAGUUAAAAAUUCAUGUACGACAAUAAAAAUCAGACCAUUGAAAUUGAAUGUCAACAUUAAUUUUCAUUUUUCAUACCAAUAAAAAUAAUUAUAUUUUUAUCUCAAAAAUCAGGGCAAAUACAUCAAUAUCCUUACUGAAUUUGAAACUAUAACUAAGUUAAUCCAAAUCAUAUCAUCAAAAAGGUGUAUUUUUAAACAAAACCAAUGGUCAUCACUAUAAAAACACAAAACUAUCUAACAUUAUUACAGGUGAGAGAUGCCUCACCACAAUUUGAGCAGCCUUUAUUUGCUCUUAAAUAACACAGCUACAGAUGGCGGGACAUAUCUUUUGUCCGUGGAUUUCACAACUUUAUGCUUCAACAUGUUUAUUAUAAUUAAAAUUAUCUCUCCCUGUUCUUUUGACCCGUGGUCAUAACUCAUGUGAAACCUCAGUUUUGCAAUACAUAUUUUUAAAUUGUUACAAAAUGAAAAACGAGUCUCAUAAAAAAGAAAUUCAAACAAAUCAGGAACUUCAAAGCAAUCAUGGCAAUAGUUACUUUUAACAAAUUCAUUUUUUUUAGCAAUACAAACAAAAGCCUCACCUCCCAACUCAUGGACCUGACAACUCACCUCCUCUUGAAAAUCAUAAACAAGUGCAGCUUUAGAGCUGGCAGCGCUCUCUUUAACACUUUCAACAUUGGUUUCCAACUUAAUGUUAGAGCACUCCUGGCUCUCAAAAUCCGGACAACCUUCACUUACAUUACUUGGGAAUUAAUUUUCAUUACAGCUAUCUGUAACAAUAUGUGAAUUUGAGCAGCCCUGGCUCACAUUUACAGGUGAUUCAUUAUCAUUACAACUAUCCGUAAGAAUAUGAAAAUUUGAGCAGCCCUGGCUCACAUUUACAGGUGAUUCAUUAUCAUUACAGCUAUCCGUAACAAUAUGAAAAUCUGAGCAGCCCUGGCUCACAUUUACAGGUGAUUCAUUAUCAUUACAAUUAUCCGUAACAAUAUGAACAUUUGAGCAGCCCUGGCUAACAUUUACAGGUGAUUCAUCAUCAAUACAGCUCUCUGUAAUACUAUAAAAUUUUGAGCAACCCUUGCUCAUAACAACUUGUGAUAAUUGCAGAUCUCUGCAGUAACAUCUAAACCUGAGCACACCUGGCUCAAAUUAUCAACUAAUUCAUUUUCAUUACCGGUACAUAUCUCGGUAAAAAUAUCAAUAUUUGAGCAACCUUUGCUCACAUUACACAGUGACUCAUUUACAUUACAAUAAUUAUCAACAACAAUUUUCUCUCCUUCCCCCACCUCAGGGAUUACACUCACCUCAUCAACUUCACACAAAAAAUCAGACACUUUAACUUUAGGACUUACAUUAUCUGAUGGCUCACCAUGAGAUACAACAAAAAUCAUGUCCUCAGACAUUAGAACAGGGUUCUCUUUGCUUUCAAUGCCGCCCGUUUUCAUAACAACCAGUUCAUUACAUACUGUGACGCUGGGACAAUCCCCUACAUACGUCCACCUAAGGUCAUUUCCAAUUACUUCCACCUUAUUAAAUUGUCGUUCCCUUUCUUCUUUACACUGGACUUCCUGGGAUACACCAACUACUUCAACCUCAUUUUGACAUGAAUCUAAAGUUAUAUAUGUACCCUUUGCCACUGGGGGUAUGUCAGCACGGUCAACGUUGUCCCUUUUAACGUCAGCUGACGGAUCAAUGAACAAAUCACUGUCAUUUCUAUCUAAAAAAAUUGAGUCGUCAGCAGAGGCAAUAAUAUCAUUUUGUUCCUCAGUAUCUUUAGCCAUGAACCGUGGUUGCGAGGCCGGCUCUUGCCUGGGGUCAGGAUCAUGAGUAUGUCCACCGUUAUCCACAUAAUCGUCAAUAAAGUUGUUUUCACUUACAUUAAUAGAAAAUCUAUUAAAAUUUUUAUAGGGAUUCUCACAGUGAAUGCUGGCAAUGCCAUAAUAUAUUUCUUCCCCUUGACUCUCGUCAUCGUCACUGUCGCUAUAAUAAUAUGCCUGUCUCUUUAAAAUAAUAUCCCGUCGUUCUGCCUCUAUUUCCGCCAGUCUAAUUUCUCUAUCAAGUUUAUCUAGUUCAAAUUGUCUCUCUCUCUGUUUAUCUCUAUCUAUACGUUCUGUCUCUCUCUGUCUAUCUACACGUUCUUUCUCUCUCUGUCUAUCUACACAUUCUUUUCUCUCUCUUCCCGUACUUGUUCUUCAAACUUAACUCUUAUAUACUCCUCUAGGUUCUCUCCGGUAUAACAAAGUAACACUCCCACAUGCCUAAUUUCUUCUAAACUCCAUUUCCUACUGACAUAUCCAGCCAUAUCAAUGCAAAUUAAGGGUGAUCAUACAGUAAACAAUAAUUAAGUUUUAAGGACCAAUCGCUGUCUGUUUAAACAACUCUAGCAGAAAGCUAAAUUCUACCCAGGUAAAAAAAAUGUUAAUACAUAAGUCAUAAGAAAAUUAAUGCCAAAAAUGUUUUAAACAAUAAAAAUCCAACUUUCCUGGUUCGUGGAAAGUCCUAUAGAAUUUAAAUAUUAUUCAAAACACACACUGGGCUUAUUUAAGUGUCAAUGGUUCUUUACUGUCAAUAGUUCUCUCACAAACUUCAAUUGUCCUAUAUGGCGAUCUUGGGAGACAGUCAUUGAGGUGUGGGUGACCGGGACGGGUCACGGGACAUCGGCAGCUCACAGGACAGAAUGUAGGCGAAUCGCCGACACUGGACAGUUCGUGGGUAACUCACCAAAACAGGAUCGGGCAUAUGCAGCUUGAUGCAGGACGGGACGUUGGUGGCUCGUUGAAGCAGGACAGGGCGUUGUUCAACUGGGUGACCGGACAGGGUCACAGGACUUCACAGCUCACUGGACACGAAGUUGGUAGCUCACCCCCGACAGGACGUAGAUAACUCGAUACAGGGAAAUGCGUAGUUAAUUCACUGGAAGUGAACACGAAGUGGGUAGCUCACUACCGACAAGACGUAGAUAACUCGAUGCAGUGAUGGGCGUAGUUAUUUCACUGGAACUGAACAGGACGUUGGCAACUUGAUAACGGACAGGGCGUAGUUAAUUUGCUGUAACUGGACACGACAUUGGUAACUUCAUACAGGGCAGGACGUAGUUAUUUCACUGGACCUGAACAGGACGUUGGCAACUUGAUAACGGACAGGGCGUAGUUAAUUUGCUGUAACUGGACACGACAUUGGUAACUUCAUACAGGGCAGGACGUAGUUAUUUAGUAGUUAUUUCACUGGACCUGAACAGGACGUUGGCAACUUGAUAACGGACAGGGCGUAGUUAAUUUGCUGUAACUGGACACGACAUUGGUAACUUCAUACAGGGCAGGACGUAGUUAUUUCACUGGACCUGAACAGGACGUUGGCAACUUGAUAACGGACAGGGCGUAGUUAAUUUGCUGUAACUGGACACGACAUUGGUAACUUCAUACAGGGCAGGACGUAGUUAUUUCACUGGACCUGAACAGGACGUUGGCAACUUGAUAACGGACAGGGCGUAGUUAAUUUGCUGUAACUGGACACGACAUUGGUAACUUCAUACAGGGCAGGACGUAGUUAUUUUACUGGAACUGAACAGGACGUUGGCAACUUGAUAACAGACAGGGCUUAGUUAAUUUGCUGUAACUGGACACGACAUUGGUAGCUUCAUACAGGGCAGGACGUAGUUAUUUCACUGGAACUGGACAGGACGUUGGCAACUUGAUAACGGGCAGGACGUAGUUAUUUCACUGGAACUGGAAACGAGGUUAGUAACUUGAUAACGGGGAGGACGUAGUUAUUUCACUGGAACUGGACAGGAGGUUGGCUACUUGAUAACUGGCAGGGCGUAGUUAUUUCACUGGAACUGGACACGAGGUUAGUAACUUGAUAACGGGGAGGACGUAGUUAUUUCACUGGAACUGGACAGGACGUUGGCAACUUGAUAACGGGCAGGGUGCAGUUAGCCUGUUGCAGGUUAGGACAUAACUAGCCUAAUACAGGACGUAGGUGGUUGAUGGAGUUACUGGCGUAUGCAACUCAUAUAAACUUGACACACGGUGGCAGCGGGGCUCCGACAUUGAAAUACGGGAACAUGCGACGAUGGUUGUAACUUCACUAAAGUUAAAUAAUAAGAAUGUUCUUGUACUUUACCUCAAGUAUGAAAAUAACGAGGUUCACCAAUCCCGGAUGAGAAGCCCCCAUGUCAACUCCUAACGUCUUCUUGGAUUGAUUACAUUCGUCAGUUCUUUUCAUACGUUGAAGCGUCGUACUAUUCUCACUAUCAAUUAACAAACUCAACUCCUUUUCAUAAUAACUAUAACUUUAAUGUCUAUGUAAAUAUAAUACACCUAACAAUGUGAAUAUAGCGCAGCUCGCUAUCAGACCUAAAUAACACACACCCUAUCACUCCAAGGUUCCACUCAAGACUGCCGCACGACUAAAACAUACGUCACAAUACUGCAUAGACAAUACGUCACGACUCAGCAUAAAAAUACGUCAUAGAGACAAUGGCGGGAAGAGUGUUCACUAACUAUAAUAGUCAAGCGCGGGAAAAGCGUUCAACAACUAAUGAACAUAAUAUUGAGUCGCAACAAUUACUAAUUAACGCUCAUACUCGACAGCUGCCUCCCCUUGAUGUGCUUCUACCAAUGAAGUGAAGACUACACUCACUAUGUCGACUUUCUCCCUUAAAGUCAUUAAGGUGUACCAGUUAGCCAAUGAGGACCCAAUGUUCAAGCUUGUCAUGGCUCCUCAUUACUUGGAAUUUUGAGUUUAUAUUGUACAUCUAAUUUUUGAACAAUUCAUUUACAAUAAAUUUUACAAAAAAGUAUAUUACUUCUCUCACUCCAUAGUUUUGACAAUCCAGCAUCGACUUCACCAACUCCUGCCAGACAACUGACCUUCAACUAUUUGCUUUCUGUUAAUGCAUGGCUGUUGUUGAAUCCAUCUGAGCUUUGCUGUGACUGGACCAUGGGCACCAUCAAGGUCAUUCAGUCGGUCUUGGAUGUUCGAAAUCUCUGCACAGUAGCCUUCUAUGCUGUCCUGGUGGCAUUAGGUACUUACGCUGUCUCUCAGCAGACUCAGAGAUCCAGAACUGUUGCCAUGGUAUGUUUGAUGAAGAAUUAAUAAAAUAUAUUUAUUGCUAAAGAAAUUUUAUAUUUUUUUUGUAUUAAUCGAAUAUUUGUAUUGUAAAUGAAUCUUAAUUAGAUUUUAUUCGCAGAAAUCGUUGAAAUUAUUUCGGUACUAUUAUUGACCCAUUUCAAUUUUUUUUUAACCUGGAUGAUUUUCUCAAUUCCACACUGUUACUUGACUCCCAUCCAAAUGACCCCAAAGUGGCUUAUCAUGUCUCUGAACAGUCAUAUUGAUAAAUCAUUUAUUAAAAACUUUUUAUCCCAGAGUUUGGCGGUACUGGUUCUUCCCUUCAUUCCUGCCUCCAACCUCUUCUUCCCGGUUGGCUUUGUUGUGGCAGAGAGGAUUCUUUACACUCCUAGCUUUGGAUUUUGCAUGCUGGUAGCACUUGGGUUCCAAGUACUAAAAGAAAAUGCAAGGUGAGUAAUAAAAAUAAUAGAAAGAUAUGACUCUUUAUUAAGGUUAUAUAGUGUCACUGAAGCCAACACUCCACACAAGCAGCUGAAAUCCUUCUUUUCUUUAAAAAAAAUCCAGUUACAUAAUAUUAAUCACAUAAUAUAUUUAAACUAUUUUGCAGUUCUAAAAAGUUUUUGCUGGAUGCACUCUUGGCAUUCCUUUUGGUAUCACAUGGAGCCAAAACAUAUCUACGCAACUUUGAUUGGUAGGCAUACUACAAAAUAUAGUUUUUAUAACAAAAUAUGUUUGUAUAGUUUAUUUCUUCAACCAUAUUAAAAUACAAGAAUCCAUAAUCCUUUUGUGAGAUGCUUUAUUUUAUGAACUUUAAAUGCAAUGCAUUUUUUUUUAGGUGCAUGUUGAAAUUUCCCAGUUCUCAACAUUUUUAUUUUGUUUUUAUAGGAUCUUGAUCUAUGAUCAGAUAACUAGUAAAUCCUUAUGAUAGAGCCUCUCUUUUUAACCAAUAAUUUUCAUCUAUAUGCAUAAUACUUACAGUGUAUAGUUUUCAAGAGUAGUCUUUAAGUUUCUUCAGGUUGAAAACCUAUAUAUCUAUACAAACAUUUUUUUAAAAUAUUUUUUUAUUUUGAGUUUUAUAUUACCAGGGACAUGUAUUGAACCAGUUUUACAAACUCUAAUGUAAAGGAAUUUUAUUGGAUUUAUUGGGAGUUUUCCCGUUUACUUUACCUUUACAGAUUGAUCAGGCUUUAUACAAGCUGAAACAUCAAUCAUAUAUAUAGAUACACAUAUAUAAUUAUAAUUCUCUUAAUAACAUCAUUAUAAUUAUUUGCUUGAAGCUCAAUGUUUCAAAAUUAUAGUGUAUCUUUGAGAAAGUAUUCAUGAUGAGAUGCCACUCACAUUAUUAUAAUUAAUAGAGGUAAACAAAAUUUCAGGGAGUCUGAGUACACAAUAUUCCGUGCUGGUCUUAAAGUCAAUCAAGAAAAUGCCAAGCUUUUCAACAACGUGGGACAUGCAUUAGAAAAAGUUCAUAACUUUUCAGAAGCCUUGGAUUAUUUUGAGAAAGCUGCCAGGUUAAAUAAUUAUUACUUUAAAGUAGAAAAUGUAUUUUAUAUUUUUUUUAAGGCUUAUUAAUUUUUUUUUUCAAAUCUAAGUUUCAACACUGUUUUUAACUUAUUCACAAAUGUGUAAUAUUAAAAUAUAUUUUAGGUAAAAAUCUGGAGUUUGUAUGGAAAUAAAACUCAUUUUAUUCCCUGGUUGGGUAUUUUUAACAAAUGGCUUUUAUUUUCUUCCAUUUGCUUUAUUGCAGUGUACAGCCAGAUGAUAUAGGUGCACACAUCAAUGUUGGGAGGACAUAUGUUAAUCUGAAUCUAAGUAAAUCAGCAGAGCUUGCUUAUCAUAGGGCCAUCAGUCUGUUUCCUCCUAUAAUCAAAGGUGACUGCCUUAAGGACUUCUGGGAAAAUCACAAUCUUGAGAAAAAGUAUUAGUUCCUAAAACAAGCUUGUUAAUUGUGUUUAUAAAGUUACUGAAUACUAUUUCCUCAGGCAAAUCUUACCAAGCCAGGGUUGCACCAAGUCAUUUGAAUGCAUAUCUCAACUUGGCCAAUUUGGUCUCUAAAGAUCCCAGCAGACUAGCAGAGGCAGAUCAGGUCAUUUUUUAAAAUAAUUAUUAUAAAAUUGAAAUCAGGGGCUCACAACUUUCAAAGUCAGGAAUCAGUUUCUUAAAAAAAUUAACCCUUUAAUUUAAUUCUUUUUUUAGUCCUAACUGACACUAAAUCAGAUUUUGUAAUGCCUAUUUUUUAUGUAACUAUUUUAUACUCACAUAAGAAGGCAAUUGUGUUUUGUAAUUGAUCCAAAUUAGGGAUUUGUGCUUUUUUUAAAAAUCCCUUUGAAAUGGUAAUAGUUAAUAACAGUGAAGUUAUUGCAAGGUGUUUAAAUUGUGUUUCUUUGUAAUGGAUUUAGCUGCUGAGGCAAGCUAUCACAAUGAGAGCUGAUUUUGUUGAGGCCUACAUUAAUUUGGGUGAUAUACAAGUGAAGCUUGGCAAGUAAGUCAGUGAACAAGUAUUUGCUGUAAACAUAUUUGGGAAUAAAAUUGAGGAAUGUCAUUGUCAGUAAAAAGCUGCACUUGGCUAAUUCCAUUUUAAAUUCAUCUACUUGUAGCAUAAAGCUAAGUGCAGACACAUUAGUAGAGCAUUGAUAAAAUACCGAUGGUUUAGCCAGGAAAAGUUUAUGGAUAGAAAUAUGGUAUUUAAUCUGUCACACUUUGCAUGCAACAGUAGUUUGAAUUAUAUUAUUUUUUAAAUGUUAAAAAAUAAUUUCUGUCUUCAGACUAGAUGAUGCUAAAUUAACAUAUGAAGCAGCACUGAGACAAGAUCCCAAAAAUUCAGACCUUUAUUAUAAUGUAAGAUUCAAAAUAAAUUCUUGAAGAUGAUAAACUUUGAAUUUAUUUUAAGAAUUUUAAUUAGAAAAUAAUUUUUUUUUUAAAAUAUUAUUAUUACAUAAAAAAGAAAUAUAUGUUUCCUUGCGGUAAAUGGUUUUUUUCUACAAAUAAAUUAACAGCUUGGAGUGGUUCUGCUUGAACAAAACCAAACAAGAGCUGCCAGGAAGAACUUUGAGUUGGCAUUACAAUUUAAUCCAGAUCAUUGGGUGAGUGCAAAAAAAAAAAAGUUACAUCGCCAUGUUUUCUUGUAAUUGUAAUUUUUAUGUUUUUUAUUGACAAUUUUAUGUUUGUCAGAGCUAUCAUGCAUUUAAUGAAUAAUAAUUUAGGUAAAAAAAAUAAAGAAAUAUUUUAAGUUUAAGUUAAUUUUGUAAAAAAUGGACUAUGCUGCCAAGUAAUUUAAUCUCUAUUCUUAUCUGAAUUUUAAAAUUUGAAUAUUUAUCACCAUUAUAAAAAUCAGCUUUUUAAAAUGUAUAUUUACACAGAAGAUUUGUCAGUUUACUUUAUCACUGAUAUUUUUUCUUUUUAAAUUAAAUGUAUGACAUUUGAAAAAAUCGUUUUUUGAAUGAAAAAUUUUUGAUUUUGCUUUAUCAUUUUGAUUUUUACCAGCAAAUAUACUCGCAAUAGUUUGCACCAGUGGAUAUAUUUGAACCCUUAGUUUGGGGUGGUCAAAGUGGGUAUUUGCAUUUGAACUGUAGAUAGGUAGCACCCUUAGUUUUGGGAGUUAUGCGGCUCUUUUUAAAAGUAAAAUAACUGAUAUUUCUAAAACUGACAUCACAAAAAUGUUUCCAUAAAACAUUGAAAACUGAAAAGCCAUUGUCUUAAAGUAUGUCAGCUUUAAUAGACCCAAUUACUCUUUUCUUCAGUGUAAGAGAUAGCAAGGAAGAAAAAAAUUCCCCAACUUUUGCAUGACAGACCAUUCCAUAUAUUAAAUAAUAUUAAACAAAAUGAUGUUUAGUGGAUAAUAUGUUGAGUGGAUAGGUCGCACCCCUGGAUUUUCAUCAAAACAUUGGGUAAAAGAAAAGUGUGACCUAUACAUGAGUAUAUAUAUGGUAGUUGCAUUUCACACCUUGUGUGCUGCUUAGAAAUUGUGUACUUUUGUAUUGAUGUUUCUUGCACCCAUUUAUGCCAUUCCAUAUUAGCAAUCCCUCUACAAUUCUGCCAUUCUUAUGCAAGAGGGGGGAGAUCCAAGGGAAAGAGAUCUAGCUAUGCAGAGGUAACAUCUUGAGAUGCACAUUUUUUAAAGUUAUCAAACAAAGAAUUAGGAAGUAUAUUCCUUAUUAUUCAUUGUUAAUAGACUAAUUACCCAAUAUUUUUGUAUUUAAUUAUUUUGAGUAAGUCAUUUAUCACUCAAAUCAUCUUUAGACAUUCCUUUAUACGUAUAUCUCAUUUUGAUUUAAAAACAACAUAACCAAACUAUGUUACUAACUUCAUAAUAUUUUAAACAUUAUUUUAAUUUAACAUUUCAAUGAAUAAAAUUAUUCAAUGUUAUAAAACAAAAUUUACAGUUUUGAAUAUUUUAAAUUUUAUUUCUAAGGGUUAUCUAUUGCAUAUAAAUAUACAGUAAAUGCGUGGUAUUAUUUAGCCCUCAUCUUUAGAUAAGCAACUCAGAUUUGCUUAUUUUACAUGAAUAUUAAAUGCUAUCUUAGAUGAUUAGUUUAAAAUUUAUACUUUCAUUAAAUAUUUGAAAUCAAUUUUUGUUGAUUCAGAUUUUACUUUUAUUUACGGAAAUAAAUAUUUACUGGUAUUUAUUACAGGUUGGAGAGGUUGAAAUUGCAGAAAGGGGAGGAUCCAAAAGUCUAUUUUAAUUAUGCAAUGGUGGCUAUGGAUGAACAAAAAUUUGAUCUUGCUGAGAAAAACUUUAGAAAAGCUAUUGAGGUAUAUUAUUAUUAUGUUUCUUCAUCAUAGUAGCCAUAAUAAAAUAUCUGUAUCAUAUUUUUACUCUAAAGAUAGGCCCUUUUUUCCUUUAUCAUUGCUAGUAAUUAUUAUCAGGGUAGUCCCGUGCAAUCUAUUAUCUUGACAUCCUGGUGGGAUGGGACUCAUUAACCUUGGAUGUCACCUUAUUUAAUAAGAAAAGACAAACUCUGAAAUCAAACCCCAAGAUGGAGUCCAGUAGGCGGUAUAACACUGAAACAAUGAAAAUUCUGACAACAGUGCAACGUGGAAUGCAUCAAGAGCACAGUGAAACACAAAAAAACAACAAUGUUCAUCAUCUACUCUCCAUCACUUUAAAAAAAAAAUACAGCUCAAGUUAAGGCUGCUACUCAAGUCGAAUUUUUCCUUGGUCAUCAUCAUGUGCAAAGUACGAACAAUAUAAUAUAUAUUAUUAUAUGUACUUUUGACUUUGCGUCUGAAAUGUUUAAAUUCAGUUCUAAAACUUUUUCUAAAAGAAUAUGAGUGCUCUUGAGAAGAUGGGGUUAACACCUGAAUUAUUUAAAGUUUUAUCCACCUCAGAUUAUUAGGAUUGUUUUAUGUAAAACAUGUAUGCAUUGAUAUUUAAAUUAUUUGUUUUAGUUUUAGCAACAGACUAAUGAUUUUUUAGUUAAUUCCAUAAAUUAUUAAAUCUCAUAUUUGACCUUUACAAAAGUUUUUGAGAUAACUUAUUUUUCCCUCUCCUAAGCUUGAUCCUAUGUUCCGGAGUGCAUUGUUCAAUUUAGCCUUGAUGCUGGUAAACAACCUUCAAAGACCCCUCGAUGCUGUGCCUGUUUUAAACCAGUUACUUGAAGUAAGGAAAAAAAAAAUUUUUUAUUUUAAGUUAUAGUCUUAAUUGAUCUAUACAAAAUUUAAUCAGCAGGAUAUGAUUUCAAAUUUUUUGUUAAGUAAUCUGGAAGGCUCUAUUGGCUCUAAAAAAAUGUAAUGUUAACAUUUUGAUUCAUUUAAAGGAUUAUAAAAGGUAUAAUUUUACUGGGUAUUUAUUAUUUUAUUAAAGUUAGAAAAGUCUAUUAGUCUUUUCAUUAAAUUAGCAAAAAUGAUGUACUGGUACCAGUAUCUAUUUUACUAUUCACUUAAACUCACAGAUACGAACAUAACUUUGUGUGGUUUAAUGUAUCUGUAAAUUAUAUUUUAAAAAAAAUCUGAAUUUAGUUGAAUAGUUUCAUUAUGAAAAUGCAGCAUUGGUUGUAUGAUAUUUCAGCACUAUCCUGACCAUGAUAAAGGUCUGAUUUUGAUGGGGGAUGUCAAUGUGAAUACUCUGAAAGAUUUAGAUGCAGCAGAGAAGGUAAUUAUCUUUGAGAAUAUAAGUCAAUAUGAAUAAAACUGACUUCAGCUUCAUUUGUAAUUUUAUUCUAUCUAUUCUUAUUUUGUUUUACAGCAGAAUAUGAUAGGACAUGUAAAUAGCAUUAUAAAUGUUGCUCAGAUAUCUAGCAAUAAAUAGCUAUGAAAAUUUUUGUUUACACUUGAGAUGAAGUCACUACACUACUUAUUAGGUUUCUUUGAUGUAGACACGUCUCCUUCAUCUUUUUCUAAAAAAAAAGUAUUUUUUACCAUUCUGAUUUACACAGUUAUGUUUUACCCUUAAUAUAACACAUACUUACUUUACUCUAUCCAUAUUUUUAAUCUGCGCAAUGCCUCUUUCACUAGAAUUUCAACAGCAUAUUAAGCCGAAAUCCUAGUAAUAGUCAAGCUAUGCACAACCUUUGUGUUGUCUAUGUUGAACGCGGGGACUUACUCCGUGCAGAAAAGUGCCUACUUCAUACACAACAACUUGACCCAAAUGCUCAGUACAUUCAGGACCAUUUGAAAAUUGUUCGCAAUAAGAUAGCCGAGGUAACACACUUAUUUUACAAAAUAUUGUAGCAAAUAUGACCUAAGCCAUUUAAAUGUAAUCAGUUUUUGUAUGUAAAAAGUAUGUAGUCUAUUUUGUUGUGAGUUUGGUAAAAUAGUUAAAUGUGAAUUGUGGUGACUUUUUCUAUACGGGUAGUGUGAAUAUUUUUCUAUACGGGUAGUGUGAAUCUUUUCUAAGCACUUGUGACCCUACUUUACCUUUUUAGUCACCUUUUGUUUUGUGUGGAUAGAACUUAAGGGUUACUUUAACUUUUUUUGGUAAUAGUUAUGCAAAUUAAAUGAGUACCGGCAUAAUAAUAAUAAAGCUUAUUUGAAAAUCACGCUUCAUCCCCAAUGGCUCGAAGCGUGGUACAAAGUCAUCCAUAUUAAAAGAGAAAUUUAAAAAUCUAUAUUUUACCAAAUUGAAAUACAAAAGGCAACAUUACAAAAACUACAUACGAGAAUACUCAUUCUAAGUCUUUCAUCCCUUGCAACAUAAACAACACAGGCCAUGAUACAUCUAGGAGAUCUAGCUGGAAAAGAUGGUAGACAUCACCCCAGCAGGUGUUUGCGAUAUAGAUAUGUUUUCAAAUCAGUUUUGAAAGACUCUAGUGUCUGGCUGUUUCUGAGAGGUAUAGGAAGUGUGUUCCAAAUUAUUGGGCCAGCAAAUGCGAACGUGCGCCUUGUGCAAGUCUCAAGGCGAACACAUGGUACCUAGAGUUUGCCACUAUCGGAUGAGCGGAUUUGUCUAGUGGGUACAUAAGUUGUCAUGAGCGCUUUGAGAUAGGACGGCGCCAGGUCAUGCAAUCAGCGGUAGCACAGAGUUGCAAUUUUUUACUCUAUGCAACCACGGACCGGCAGCCAAUGCAACUCUCUCGGAAGUGUUUUAGCAUGGUCAAAUUUGAGUUUGCGAAAAACAAUGCAAGCCGCAUUAUUCUGUACUUUUUUAAUUUUAUCCAGGAGCGUAGCUCGAAGACCCAACAUGAGAGCAUUGCAGUAGUCCAUGCGUGAUAGCAUGAAUGCAUUAGUAAAAUAUUUUUCAAAUUGCAAACCUAACUUAGGAACAUUGCUGAGAUUAGGAACACCUCAUUUCUGUAAUAUAUUCAAAUUCUAUUUGAUCUCAUUUAGAACCUGUUUUGAAAUAAGGAAAAUGUAUCUAUGAAAAGAUAUUGGCAGGAGUUCAAUCCCUGCUCUAUUUCUCAUCAUUCUCCAUAUUUUUUCCCCCAAAAGGAUUUAUUGGCUUGGUUCCUACUAUCACUAUUACUCUCAUUAUCAUUAACUGCCAUUACUAAUGUAGUGUUGUCAUCAUUUUUUUAAAUUAUUUCCUUUCUCCAAUAACUAUUCUGUAUUAGCUUUUAACCUUUUAAGCAGUCAUUGGACAAAUUAUAAGAAUGUUGGACUGCAAUAAAGCUUUAAAGUAGGACUCACCAUCAAUUAUUGCUUAAUACAAGUCAAGAACUCUCUUCACUGUAGAUUUAUAUAAAAUACUGGUUAACUCUUCAAAAAUCUUUUUAUGUUGAAAAUUUUUUUUUUGUCCAAACUUAUCCUAGUACCGGGUAAUAGCAUGAUUUGUGUCAUAAGUUGUGAGAUAUCGAUAAUUAUUAAGGAUUUGUGAAAUGUUUUUUGAUGUGUUCCUGAGAUUGUGUAUGGUGGAAGAAACGAAUUUGGGGCAAUGGGAAAUUAUUAUUUCUUUUCUUUAUAAGAGCUAUACAAACAAAAAAAAUAAGUACAGGUACGGUAUUCAUAAUUUUUUAGCCUUCGGCUUGGUGGGUCAUGAUUGUUUAGUGUAAAUUUUAUUGGUGCUCAAAAAUGAAUCAUCUUUCCUGUGUGCAGUGGACAAGAUAGCUUUGCUCAUUACAUGAGAAAAUUGUGUAGAGUGUUAAUUUACUUGAUAUCUGAAUGUUGUGAAAUGUAUCAAUGUUGAAUAAUUAUUCCUAGACAAGGUUGGGCAAUCUUUUUCUAAAAUAGCCACACUAUGUAUAAAUCAUAAAAAACUACUUUUAAAUAAAAUUAAAUUUAGAAAUAGGCUGUUAAAUCAUAUCUUAACCGCUGCUAGUAUCAAGUACUAAAAGCUACAUAAUUUCUUUUUAAAUAUAGGUAAAAAAGCGAAUGGCAGCAGAGCAAAAUCAAGGCCAACAACCAAAACCUGAACAAUCAAGGGACCCAAAGCCAUCAUCUGGUCAACCUGAAGCUCAGUUGAAAAGCAAUUUACCUCCCCAAAAAGAGACUGUAUGAUAGCAAAUUUAUGAUUAGUUUGUAAUAUUAAUGUUUUGAAAAUUAUACAUAUGUUUUUUCUUAUUUAUUGUUUAUACAUAUCAUUGAGACCAAUAUCUUUAUUUUCUUGACUUAUCAUCACAAAUAUAUUUCUACAUUUUAAAGUUAUUUUUACACCAUAUCAGUGGUAUGCAUUAUUCACUGUCUGUGAUUAGAUUGAGGUUGUAAUAAACAAUAACUAUAUCUAAGUUAUGACUAUUAUGAGCACGAGAAAUGAUUUAUUUUUUCUAAAAAAAAAUUUCACAUUUAAUUUACUUCUACAUCUACC